ACAGCCACCCGGAGUUGUUCUUCCUCCGGGCUCCGGCGAGGGCGGCAAGCAACGAACAAAUCCCAGCUGCAUGCACUGCCCCGCGCCACAUGCAUAUGCAUUCGUUCAUGUAUAUAAACCGCGAAGCGCCGAAGCCGUCCAGUUUCUGAAAGCGCGCGUCAGGCAUUCCAUCCCAGUAUUUACUGCCUCAAUCGUCAGACCAUCAGCGACAGAGAGCUCCUGUAAAUAACCCGAGUGGCGGUAUUCUGCGGAAGUGCAGCACGUACGUCCGGCGAAAAUGGUCGACAACUUGAAGCCCGUGGCCCUCUUCCUGCUGAUGCUCAACUUGUGCAUGUACCUCAUCAUCGCCAUCAUCGGCGGGUGGGCGGUCAACUUGGCCAUCGACCGCGGCUUCAUCAUAGGGCCCGAGCUGCGUCUCCCGGCGCAUUUCCACCCGAUAUUCUUCCCCAUCGGGAACUGGGCCACCGGCUUCUUCGUGGUGUUCGCGCUGCUCGCCGGCGUCGUCGGCGCGGCCUCCUGCAUCGUCGGCUUCACUCACGUCCGCUUCUGGAACUACAGCAGCCUGCAGCCCGCGGCGUCGCUCGGUCUGCUCGCCUGGGCGCUCACCGUCCUAGCCAUGGGGCUGGCUUGCCAGGAGAUCAGUUUCGACCGAAGAAACGCGAAGCUGGGGACCAUGGAGGCGUUCACGAUCGUCCUGUCACUGACGCAGCUCGUCUACAUCCUCACGAUCAAGGCGGGCGGUCACGGGCCCGUCCAGGUGGAACGACACAACGCCUUGGGCCGCUGAUCGGGUCGGAGGAUACGUACGCCUGAGAAGGAGCAGAGCCGCCGGAGAAAGUUUGCUUUGUUGUCCUUGUGCUUUUCGUUUGAUGUGAUGAUUCUUUGAGUGGGAUUGGUGAAAUGCGGGUUGGCGUUGUAGUAAUAAACUUGUGUGUUCCUCUGGCCUUUGGAUUUAUUGAUUGAUGAAUUCAAGCAUCUGGAAAAUCUGAUUUGUUAGGACGUGCAACAAAUCGUCGUCACAAUACAUACGUGUUUUCUUUAUAAAGAGAGCUACUACUCCGAUUUCUAUUAAGAGAAAUCACAAUGAUGUUACAGCUACCAAAACAAGCAGAAAAUAAAUGAAAACAACGACGCAUGAUCUUUUUUAUUUUCCGAAGAUAACCUCAGACCUAUUAACCAGC